AUGUCAUCAACCAACCUGAAGUUUGUUAACAUUCCAAAACUUCUCAAAGACAGAUCCAACUGGAUCACUUACAAAGCCCAGAUGGUUAAUCAUUUUGCCGCCAAGAGACUCACACGUCACCUUAAUGGCAGCACAAGAAAACCCAAAAUACCAUGGCCUGAAAAAGACAGCCAAUACUUCAUUAGGAAGUCAACCAUAGCCACAACUGAGGAGCAACUAGAAAAAUACAAAGUUGAGCUUGACCUUUACAAGCAGAAGCAGGCACAAGCCCGAGAGGCAAUCUACAAGACUGUUAGCUGCUUUGUUUUUCUUGAAAUAAAAGGCAAAGCUAUGACGGCACUUGUUUGGCAAAAACUCACUACAAUGCAUGAGAAAAAAGGUAUCAUGAUGUACACCAAUACUCUUGCAAAGCUUGUGGCUAGUCAAUAUGUUAAAGACUCAAAUAUGCAUAUACACAUCACUGCUUACAACAAGGAAUCCAAGUAA